CAUUUCAGUUGUUUCUGUUACGCCAUUGUGCGCGGUUCGCUCGAUAGGUUUCAAAAGGCGGUUCAAUCUUAUCUGCCAACUUGCUUUUUUCCUUCUACACGCCUAAGUGUCGCGUUUGCUAUGUAAAUUUAAUUAAUUAUACGUACAAAAAACAUUUCGCAUAUUGAGUGUUCGCAUAAUUAACGCGUCUAAUAAGUUUUGUUAACGCAAUCAUUUUGUCUGCUUAUUUGUUGUCUGUGAAGUUUUGUGGAAAACUCUGUGAAAAUUACUACUGAUUUUGAAAAAUCGCAAUGAGUUGGUUAGUCACGGUUGGACCGGCAGUUGCCAUCACACUGAUCGCUGUGUUGGUGUCUAAAGUGGGUUGGCGUUGGUUUUACAUUGCAGCUGUAACAUCCAAGCGUGAUUUGACCGCACUCUGGGCCUACCUCAAGCUCUUGCGCCUCACCAAAAGAUAUGAGCGUGAGAAUCUUACCAUUGCGGACAUCUUUCAAAUGCAAGUUAAACAGAAUCCAAAUAAAAAUGCGAUAAUCAGCGAUACGCAGAGGUGGACCUUUCGCCAGUUGGAAGAAUUUUCAAAUCGCAUAGCAAACUUCUUUCAUGCACAAGGCUAUCGAAAGGGCGAUGUCGUUGGCUUAUUGCUUGAGAAUCGUGCCGAAUUUGUAGGCAUUUGGUUGGGACUCUCCAAAAUUGGGGUAAUCACGCCACUGAUUAAUACCAAUCAGCGUGGACCAUCGCUGUUGCACAGCAUCAGUGUGGCGCAUUGUAAAUCAUUGAUUUUCGGUGAGAGCUUCAGCACAGCUGUUGAGGAAGUGCGCAAUGAUAUACCACCGGCACAUGUAGCGCUAUACCAAUUCAACGAUGAAGCGAAUAAGAACGUGAUCGAAUCGGCGAAGGAUAUGACUACCCUGCUGGAAACUGUGGAAAAGCGUCAUGUAGCUGCGCAAGCGGAGCGUGCUAACCAUCAUGACCGUCUUGUCUACAUCUACACUUCGGGCACCACAGGUCUGCCCAAGGCGGCGGUGAUCUCACAUGCGCGCUAUCUCUUCAUCGCGGCUGGCAUCAACUAUACAAUGGGUUUCCGUCAGGAAGACGUUUUCUACACGCCACUUCCUCUGUACCACACCGCCGGCGGCAUUAUGAGUAUGGGUCAGGCGAUUUUGUUUGGCUCCACCGUUGCUAUACGCAAGAAGUUCUCCGCCUCUGGCUAUUUUACUGAUUGCGUCAAGUUUGAGGCUACCGUCGGUCAGUAUAUCGGUGAGAUGGCGCGCUACAUACUUGCUACCCCUCCGUCGGCAAACGAUCGCACACAUCAUGUGCGUCUCAUUUUCGGCAAUGGUUUACGUCCACAAAUUUGGCCACAGUUUGUCGAACGCUUCAAUAUUUCCAAAGUGGGUGAAUUUUAUGGCGCCACUGAGGGUAAUGCAAACAUAAUGAAUAACGACAGCACUAUUGGUGCCAUCGGUUUCGUCUCACGCAUCCUGCCGCAAGUUUAUCCGAUCUCGAUUCUACGCGCCAAUCCCGACACCGGUGAACCGAUACGCGGUGCUGAUGGGCUCUGCCAGCUGUGCGAACCCAACGAGCCUGGCGUGUUUAUCGGCAAAAUUGUUAAAGGAAAUUCAGCGCGCGAAUUCCUUGGCUAUGUAGAUGAGAAAGCAUCGGCGAAGAAAAUUGUUUGUGAUGUAUUCCGCAAAGGCGAUAUGGCUUUCUUAUCGGGUGAUCUGUUGGUUGCCGAUGAGCGCGGUUAUUUGUUCUUUAAGGAUCGUACAGGUGACACAUUCCGUUGGAAGGGGGAGAACGUAUCGACCAGCGAGGUGGAGGCGCAAGUCAGCAACGUCGCAGGCUAUAAGGACACAGUUGUUUAUGGUGUGGCCAUACCACACACAGAAGGGCGUGCAGGCAUGGCUGCCAUUUUCGAUCCGAAUCAUGAGGUGGACUUGGAAUUGUUCGCUGACAAGCUGGCAAAGGUGUUGCCUGCCUAUGCGCGUCCACAAUUCUUGCGGUUUCUAACCAAAAUCGAUAUGACUGGCACGUUUAAGUUGCGUAAAGUGGAUUUGCAGAAAGAGGGCUUCGAUCCAACUAAGAUUAAGGAUACGCUUUACUAUCAGACGCCGAAAGGACGUUACGAACUGCUCACACCUGAAAUAUAUGAGAAAAUCAACCGUCAUGAGUUGCGUUUUUAAGCUUAUGGGCUGAUAGGGAUCGAGGUGCGCGCGUGCAUAUUCUUGCGUUGGGAUAUUGUGUUUGCCUGUUUUUAGAGUUUAAGUAUUUUUCCAUUAAAAAAAGAAAAACAAAACGUUGUUACGGUAGUUUAGUACACGCUUUGCUCUGACAAAGCUUGCCAACUAAAGAUAAAUUUUAUAUCUUUAAACAUAAUUUUUUAGUAUGUGUGUAGAAAUUGUUAUCUUGCUCUUAGAAUUAGUUGGUCAAAUAAUUUCGUUAUAGUUAAACUUUUUGUAUAUAAAUAAAAAUUGUUAAGCGAAUUUCGAAAACUCUCUUUGGAUUGAAUAACUUUGUGUAAUACUAAAUAUAAUAUGACUUAAGUUAUGAGAGGCUUAGGUACUUCGAUCUAACUGAAUUCAUUUAAACCAUAAGGCGGUUGAGGUUUACGUACCUAAUACUGUUAAAGACUAUACUUACAUACGUAUUUUUUAUGCAUAAAUCCGAUGCGAAAAAUAAAAUGAGAUUUAAUUU